AUGGAACCUAACAAAGAGCCACCCAAAGAAUGGGAAAAAUUCGACGAAUUGUCUUUAAAUGGUGUGAAAAUCUCGGUUGUCAAUGAAGAAUCGACCACUAAGCCAAAAUCGGAAGAGAAAUCGAUCGUAUCGUCACCAAAAGCUCACGGAGUGGAAAAGCCCAAUGAGGAGGUGGAGGACAAUGUGCCAAAAACUGGGAAAACCACCGAAGUGAAAGAAGCGGAUGACAAGAUUGAGGAGGUCCAUGUUCCAAGGACAACGGAGAAAGAAAUCCCGAAUCCACUCCAAUGGGAGAAAUUCGACGAAUUGUCUUUGAACGGGGUCAACGUGGCGACCGUCGACGAAGAAUCUACCAAUGAGCCAAAGUCUACAGAAAAAUCGUCAGAAAGGACACCAGAAAAAGCUCCUGAGGUGGAAAAACCCGAUAAUAAGGAGAAGGAUGAUGUCGCUAAAACUGUGAAAAAAGAGAUCCAAGAUCCUCUCCGUAUGAAAAUCACCUUUGAGUCGGAUGAUGACGAAGUCGUACAAUACGAGCCACCAAGGUCUGCUCGAGUAGGAGGGAGACCUCCUGCUGCGGCAGCAUACGAACCUAGAACUGCUCCAAUUGCGCCUGUGCCAUGCAUGCCUAUCCAGAAGAAUGGACGGUCGCCGAUUCCUUUGGAUGUGAAUCGCUUGGAAGAGGAUGAUGGUACACCACGCUACGCAAAAUCAAGUGUCCUUGUUAACCCAACUCAUGUCAAUGGAAAAGUUCUGGCCACUGUCUACCCGGAUAACAUCAUUUGUGACUGGAUUGUUCCACCACAUUAUGAUGCUCUCAGCAUGCCGUCAAUUUUGGCUAUCGAUGUUCCAGCUUUGCCCGGUCCAGACUACAUCUCCACUAUCCAAACCAUUGUCGAAAGCAGUCGCUUCAAAUUGUAUUCGACGAUCUACUCUCGCAUCAUUGCCAUCUGGAUGACAUUCUGGAUCCUUUCGCUCACCGUCACUCUUCUUCUUCAAUCGCAUGGAGGAUGGCCUGUUAUGAUUUGGUGUCUCGUAUGGACGGUGCUCCUCUUUGUUGGCAUCUACGGUUGUGCAAUGAUAAGGCGACAGAUUCGGAUCGGACUGAACCAUGUUGUCAAGAAGGCAAACAAAAUCAUUGUUGAUCGGCAUUUUCUCACUGGAGUGGAGGACCGCGGCCAACUAAGUUGCCAUAAAGUUGUUAUUCACUUCAUACGAUUCAACGUUUUAGAAUGCAGAGCCGAUAUUAUUCGUCAACUGAAAAUCAUCAAAACUGGGGGAUGCGUCUUUGGAGGAGCAAACCAACAAGAGGAUCCAAAUGAAGAGAGUAUUGAGAGAGAAGCUGCCGCUUUGAUUCUUCAAUACAGUCAGGAAUACGUCAAAAGUGUUGUUAAGAAGCGUCUCAUCUUCCCAAGCAAACCAAUACACGGAGUCUCAAACUACGCACCAAAGCACUGUAGAGCCAUGAUGUGCCUGUGCCAGUUCAUCGACGAACGUCACUUCAACCCGAAACCGAAGAAGUGGUAUGCCAAGUAUAUCUAA